AAUAUAAAUAUGAAUAAUAAGAAAGUAAAAUACAAUUUAAUUUAAAAUUUAGAAAUUGUGCAUAAUUAAUUUCUACCUAGAGGAUGGUGUAAAACCUUACCAUUUUAAAAAUUUUUGCCUCCUAAAUAAAUGUAAGUCCAUCCUCAAUUUAUUGAACUUAAUGCUUUGA